AUGGGCAUCGUGCAGAGCCGCGGCGGCGAGAGCGAUGGCGGUGUGCGCGAGGUAUUCGUCGGCGGUGUCAAGGCCGGCGUGCCUCAUCACUCGUGUCAACCCUGCCUGGGCAUGGGCAGCCUGGGCGGACCUCACGCGCGCACCGGCAGCGUGCGCAGCGCGCCGAGACAACCGAUGCCGGACGCCGUCGAGCUGGAGAGACGCUUCACCAAAGUGCUGGCCUCCAUGGAUCUGCCGCCGGACAAAGCGAAACUUUUGAAGCAGUACGACAACGAGAAGAAGUGGGACAUCAUCUGCGACCAAGAAAGAGUACAAGCUAAGGAUCCGCCGUCCCAUUAUCUAGCAAAGUUACGUACCUACCUGGACCCAAAAGCAUCACGAAGCCAUCGAUCGUAUCGUUUCCUUACAUUUUUCCAGAAAAGAAAAAUGGUUGGAGAAUCUACGUCAACACAAGUAUUACGAGACUUGGAAAUAUCCUUACGCACAAAUCACAUUGAAUGGGUGAGGGAAUUCUUGGAUGAGGAGAACCAAGGCUUGGAUGCGCUGAUAGACUAUCUGAGCUUCAGGCUGCUGAUGAUGCGACAUGAGCAGCGGCUCUUGGAGUCUCACACAAGUUCCGAGGAAAAAUUGCAAACCGGCACCGGUGAUACCGCAACGUUGAACAAUGGAUGCCUAAGGCCGCCUCUUCACGAACUCAAAGAUAGUCCUGGCGUUAAAAGGAGAUCCCGGCACGUGGCGCGCCUAAAUAUGGGCGAAGCAAAGGACGACAUUCACGUUUGCAUACUGUGCAUGCGUGCCAUCAUGAAUAAUAAGUAUGGAUUCAACAUGGUUAUUCAGCACAGAGAGGCCAUCAACUGCAUCGCGCUGAGCUUAAUCCAUAAAAGUCUGAGAACGAAGGCUCUGGUGUUGGAGCUUCUCGCCGCGAUCUGCUUGGUAAAGGGAGGCCACGAGAUCAUCCUGUCGGCGUUCGACAACUUCAAAGAAGUUUGCUCCGAGAGAAGGCGGUUCACGACACUUAUGGCGUAUUUCACUCAGUACGACAGUUUUCACAUAGAAUUCAUGGUCGCUUGUAUGCAAUUCGUAAAUAUAGUCGUGCAUUCGGUCGAGGAUAUGAACUUCAGGGUACAUCUGCAGUACGAGUUCACGAAGCUCGGAUUGGACGAGUACCUCGAGAAGCUUAGGCACACGGAAAGCGAGGAUUUGCAGGUACAAAUCUCAGCUUACCUAGAUAACGUGUUUGACGUAGCUGCCUUGAUGGAGGACAGCGAAACAAAGACUGCAGCGUUAGAGAAAGUAACGGAAUUGGAAGACGAACUUGGUCAUGCACACGACCGUAUGGCGGAAUUGGAGCGAGAAUCGUUGGCGAAACUGGCGGAGCUGGAGACGGAAUUAGGCGCGUUGAAGGUGGAGUACGCCGAUGCUUUGGAAGCACGUAGAUUAGUCGAAGAGGAGCUCACGGCUUUGAAACGGCAAAAGCAGGACUCCGCGCGAAGACAGAGCGUCCUGGAGAACAAGAUCAUCGAAUUGGAGACUCUCACGGGAACUCUCACGAAGGGCUCGUCAGCUGCUAGUCUACGAAACGGAAUCGCGACAAGCCCUCUAAGUAAUUCAGACAACAUUACAUCCGACACGUUCAACACGACGCCGUCUCCGGAACAAGCGCCUCCACCAGCUCCCGCGCCACCACCACCGCCACCGCCACCAUGCCCGCCGCUACCUCCUAUGGCGCCUCUUUCUCCGGGAGAUCAUAAGUUACCACCACCCGUUCCAAUACCUCCGCCACCCGCUGGUAUGAUGCAAGCACCCGACGGAGCGAUGACUAUUAAACGAAAAGUCCAAACAAAGUACAAACUUCCCACCCUCAAUUGGAUCGCCCUGAAACCUAAUCAGGUGCGGGGUACCAUCUUCAAUGAACUGGAUGACGAUCGUCUGCACAGCUACAUUGAUUUCUCCGACUUCGAGGAGCGGUUCAAAAUCGGCAUGAGCGGGCACGUGGCCAACGGUAACAGCGAGAUCGACGGGCUUCAAAGUUUCCCCAGCAAACGAUUCAAGAAACCCGAAAACAUAUCGCUUCUCGAACACACGAGAUUACGAAACAUUGCCAUAUCGCGUCGAAAGAUGGAGAUGCCGGUGGAGAAGGUGAUAAUGGCGGUGAAUGCUCUCGAUUUGAAAAUUCUUUCACUCGAAAAUGUGGAAUUGCUGCAACGUAUGGUACCUACGGAUCAAGAGAUAAAGGCUUACCGUGAAUACAUAAUGGAAAAGAAGAGCAUCAACUUGCUGACAGAGGAGGAUAAGUUUUUGAUGCAACUCGGCAAGGUAGAGAGGAUAUCUACCAAGCUAUCGAUUAUGAACUAUAUCGGAAACUUUUUCGACAAUUUACAUCUGAUUACGCCACAAAUACAUGCUGUGAUAUCUGCGUCCAGUUCGGUUAAGAGUUCAAAGAAAUUAAGAGCAGUAUUAGAAAUCAUUCUUGCCUUUGGUAACUACUUAAACAGUAGCAAACGAGGCCCCGCGUACGGCUUCAAGUUACAAAGCUUAGAUACCUUAUUGGAUACGAAAUCGACCGAUAAAAGGAUGUGCCUUUUGCAUUAUAUCGUCGCCACGAUACGAGUCAAGUUUCCGGAGCUUAUUAAUUUCGAGUCGGAGUUAAUGUACAUCGAUAAAGCUGCAACAGUUUCACUGGAGAAUAUAACGACUGACGUGCACGAGCUGGAGAAGGGCAUGGAUCUUGUACGGAAGGAAUUUGAAUUACGUGGCAAGGAGAAGCACAAUACGGUAUUGCGCGAUUUCUUGAAUAACUCCGAGGAAAAAUUACGUCGCUUGAAGCUCGACGCACGCACCGCCGGCGAAGCAUUCCGAGAGUGUGUCGAAUUCUUUGGCGAGAGUCCGAGACAGGCCGACGCUAAUACCUUCUUCUCUCUUCUCGUCAGAUUCGCGAGAGCGUUUAAGGCAGCGGAUCAAGAGAACGAACAGCGUCGUAGAUUAGAGGCUGCUGCGGCGGAAGCUUUAAAUACCUCGGAGGAAGUUAUAAAACGUAAUAAAUUAAAUCAGAAGAAGCAACAGGACGCUGUUAUAAACGAAUUGAAGAAUAAGACACGGUUGGUGCAAGAAAAGAAGUUGUUGCAGCAGGACGAGGUGUACAACGGCGCCCUGGAGGAUAUUCUUCUCGGUCUCAAGUCCGAACCAUAUCGGAGGGCGGACGCUGUGAGGCGUAGCCAACGACGACGUAUCGAUAAUCACAGACUCUCGCGCAAUGCCGACGAACUUGAGCUCUAAUUACGUUUCCGAUUCUCACAUGCUUCUCACGCGUGCUGCGACUUUGGAGAAGAAAUGCCUUGCAAUCGUGAAUUUGUCGUAUUUGAUCGUAAUCUAACUUUAUACGCCAGUACGAUGGAAUGAAUGGAGAACACCAAUAGUUUGAGAGUUUCUUAAGAGCGUUAACGGAGCGCACAGUUAAAUAAUCACCUCGAUUUGUAUUUUCCCCCACAAUUUUUGGAAGCUUUUUACUUGUGCACUUUAUGAAGCGUGUACAGGUUCCGGACUGAAUGACAAUAUUCGAUACGUCCAAUGUUAGAUUGGACUUUUGCGCACGAGUCACUUAGUGGUGCUGAAAGUUCAAUUGUCUCGUCGAACUUCGAAUUUAUACAACUUUAGGAUGUAAAUUCUUGAAACGUGUGUCAGAAUAUCGCAGGCCAGCAAGGUCUUAGAAUUUAACGCUCGAUAUUUAACGGAUAAUAACGUAUUAACGGUCUUUCUACGCAUAUAGUUUAUACGCGAAUCUCAUAAUUGAAAAACGUAUAGGUCUCAUACAAACUAGCAUAAUAUUACAUUAAUUAAUGCGUUUCUAAACGACUCUUUUUAACAUUGUUCGAUAUUUAUGUGGAACCUUUUCGCAUAUCUGUUAUAUGACGUUAUCAUCUUUUUUUCGUUUUCCUCUGUUUCAUACAUAAGAUACGUAAACUUGAAUUGUUUAAACUUAGUUGUUGUUGAUUGUUAUGCGUAUUGAGAAUAUUUAUAAUUUCCAUAUCGAAUAUGAACACUUGUUAAUUAAAUGAAUUGUUUAUCCUACAUCUUGUAAUUGCUUGAUAUCGAAUGAAUCAUUUAGCUCGUAAUGUAAGUUCGUGUGUAGAAUCGGUCUAGCGGUCGCAGGUUUUUAACGAUAUAAUAUCUGUGACAUUCCAGCAACAUGAUACAGUGAUAAGCUGGAGAAGUCCAUCACGAGAUCCGUAAUCCACGGCUCUCGCAGAUUGCGAGAUUUUGCGCAAGUGCUUUCUUGCGGCAGGAAAUUAAAAUUAAGAUCGCAUGUUACGAAAGUGAUAACUACGACUACGUAUAAUAUUCCAUGUAAUCUUCCGCGAUUUGAUGUAUCGCGAUACUAUUACGAUAUAACAAAUGAAAGUGAGAUCUAAGUUGCCCGAGGUCCAGCGAAUCUUUUCAAAAACGACGCAUUUACGCAGCAUACUUGUUACAUUCCCUCGAACACCUCACGUUCUAUCAGGAACAAUUACGAAUAAAAAGGUAAACACAGCUAGCGGUUUUUAUACCACAGUUUAUAUUCAUUGACAUGUAUUGAGCUAGAGGAUAUAGGAAGAUACAUAUAAAGGUACGUGAAUCAAAAGUUCGAACGCCGAUCAUUAUUCAAAAAUAAUUGCGCAAACUUACAGCGAAAGACUGCAGCAGUCCAGUGAGCCUUUUUCUGAUCGACAACAUAUCGGAAGCUUUUUGCAAAGUGGAAUUAUAUUUUUAACUUUUGUACGUUUUUGAUAUUAGAGAUGUUACUAAAGGAGAAACAAAAUGUAUAUAUAGCUGUAAUAUAUAAAAUAGCUGAUGACACGAAACAAUGUAAGUAUCGAUUAUACAUAAACUGCCAAUGUGAUGUUUAGACAAAAUAUUUUCUGUGUUGUAAGUAUUAUGUAGCGCACAUAUUGUCCAUUAAUGAUUUAUGACGAGAAAGCUAUUUCAAAGCUUUAGGAUUAAAGCAUUGACAUAUCUUAUGUAUUUUUUUGCAAAAAUGUAAAUAAUGUGCAUUUCAUUAUAUAAGUUAUAAAAAUUAGCAAUACGUUCUUUACUUUGUAUAAAAACAGAUAUAAAUAAAUAUAAUUAAUACAUUUA